AUGUUAGCCCGAUGCUCAUCCCAGUUCCACCAACUUCAAAGACGAACUUAUCCCGUAUGUGGUGUCGGAGGUAACUACCUGUCUCACAGACUUAGAAGCCCCAAAGUCCUCUUCCGCUGGAUUAUCCUACGAAAUAGUGUCGUUGAUGUUAUUGCCACCGGCAUGAAGUGGUGGAUGAUUGUCAUCUUGGCCCUCGGCACGCUAUCCGCGCCGCUCUCUUCCAGCGGCUUCUCGGGAAGCUUGCGGCAGAUCGAAAGCGACUUCGACGUUGGGUUGGAGCUUGGUAUCCUUAGCGUCUGGUUGUUCGUUGUUGGAUUCGCUAUUGGGCCGAUGGCGUGGGCGCCUGUGGCCGAGCUCACCAACAUCCAGACGUUAUUGAUGCUGCGUUUUUUCGCCGGCGGUGUCUUCCGGGAUGCGAUUGCUCGGCCUUGGGUCCUUCUUUUCUUUGAACCUAUAGUCUUAGUACUUUCGAUCUAUGCUUCGAUCAUUUAUGGGACACUUUAUCUUACUUUUACAGCAUUUCCCAUCAUAUUUGGACAGGAACGACAAUGGUCCCAGGGAAUUGCUGGUCUCUCGUACUUGGGUAUUAUGACUGGCCAAUUUUUUGCCAUGCUCUUCUAUAUCGUCCUCGAAACCCAACACCGAAAAGCGAUUGCUAAGGAUCCUACUAAAUCAACACCCGAAGCUCGAUUAGCACCCGCCAUGAUCGGAGGAGUAUUACUCCCGAUCAGCCUUUUCUGGUUCGCUUGGAAUACAUUGCCGAAUAUUCAUCGGGCUGUGAGUAUUGUCGGUUCGAGCUUCUUUGGAUUCGGCCAGGUCCUGCUCUUCAUUAGUUUGAUCAACUAUAUGAUUGACGCGUAUACUGUAUUUUCUUCCUCUGCUUUGGCAAGUAGUGUUAUUCUGCGAGCAUUAUUCGGCGCUGCUUUUCCAUUAUUCACACCCGUUAUGUACCAGAACCUUGGCGUACAAUAG